UCGAACAUGGUGGCAUUCGCAGCUCAGAACGAAUAUGGGAUGAAUCGAGAUUAUCUGCAAUCACUACUCCCCUCUCCGCUGAUCUACCGUCACCACAGUCACAAACUCAGGCCACGCAGGCACAAUUGAGCCUAGAGGGGGCUUGUCUUAUCCGUUAUUUUGUCGAGAGCCUGGGGUUAUGGUUCGACCUGUGUGACCCGGAAAGGCACUUUGCCAUCGUUGUUCCACAAAGAGCGCGCAUCUGCGCUCCUCUCCUGGACGCGAUGCUCUCUGCAUCCGCCCGACACUUCAGCACUCUCCCUCAACAACGUCAGCUCGCAACAACACAACAAUAUGGGUUGAAAGAAGGCCUUGCUAUUGGCGAGGAGUCCAUGCUCGCCUACCACAGUCGAUCUAUCGCCGGCCUACGUGCCGCCAGCCAGGAACCCAACGCGAUCAUGGACGAGAACUUGCUUGCCGCGGUUGUGAUUCUCCGGUUCUAUGAAGAACUUGACAGUCCCUUCACCGAUCCCCCCUCUGACACCGCCGUCCGCGGCCUCCAAGUCUUUCUCGAAGCGCAAGCCUCUUCCGCAAUUCAGACGUGUCAUGGCCUCCGCUCCUCGGCCUUCUGGGUCGGCUUCCGGCAGGAAUUCCACAUGGCCAUCUCUCAGCGUCGAUCCUUCCGCAUACCCCUCUCCACUGUGGCUCACUACCUCCCCACCCGAACCUCUCCAGACCAUGUCUGGACGAACCAUUUGCUCAUCAUUGGGGCGCAUAUCAUCCAAUACUGUUUCCCGCCAGUGCAUUCUCCAGAACAAUCUCCGGGCCAGAGAUCCACCCUCUAUGAACACCUUCUCAACCUCCGCCAAAGUUGGGCGGCUCGCGCACCCUCGAGCUUCACCUCCAUCUACACCACUUCUGCCUCACCCUCCGAAGGACUCUUCUUCCCACAGCAAUGGUUCCUCAAUGACACCCACAUCGUGGCCACGCAAUCCCUCGGGCUCAUCGACCUGUUACUUGCCACGCACGACCCCCACGUUGACUGGCUCCGUCCCCGCAUGUCGCACCGUCGGGCCCUUGCCGUGCUGGACGAAGAGAUUCGUACCACAGUGCGGGAAAUCUGCGGGGUGGCGGUGGCCAACCGGCAGAGUCCAACGGCAGCGUUGACAGCGAGUCUGGCGGUGGUGCUAGGGGCGGAGGCGUUUCGGGAGGCGUCACAAGCGGAGAAAGACGCGCUACUUGCUGUGGUGCGGGGUAUCAGGGCGGAAAGCUAUUAUUUCCCUGGAGAGGGAAUGGAGGGGGUGAUUUUGGGGGUGUGGGGGGAGAGAAAGUGUCUUUCCUGAGCCUGUGGAGUCAAGAGCAUGAGCACUUUUUCAUGAUUGGACGUGACAAGAUACGAGAUUGAACCUGCCGGUCUUUGUCAAUCUGAAACAACAUGAAAUCACCAUCAAUAGCUAUAAGACAGUAGUCGAAUUGACAAGAACGGCAGAUAGGUAUAAUCUAGAAAGCAUAUAGA